GAUGUCUCUGUCUAUGAGCUGCAGUCAGGCAAGAGUUAGCACGUGGAAGAGAAAGGGGAGAGGCAGCUCUGGCCUGACAGCCAGGGACAACUGGCCACUGCUCUGCAGAGGAAAAGAAGCCGAGCAGGAAAGGGGCCCAAAACCAUGGCCCAGCAAGAAGAAGAAGAACUGACCCUGGGGAAGAUGGACUCCCGAGACCCCCUCACCAAAGAGAUUGAUUUGGUGGAAAGAGACCCCAAGCAGAUCAACCAAGAGGUGGUCAAGGUGGACUUUGAAGAUGUGAUUGCUGAGCCAGAGGGCACCCACAGUUUCGAUGGGGUAUGGAAGGCCAGCAACACAACGUUUACCGUCAGCAAGUACUGGUGCUACCGGAUGCUGUCAGGGGCCCUGGGUGUCCCACUUGCCUUGCUCUGGGGCUUCCUCUUUGCCUGCGUCUCCUUCUGCCACAUCUGGGGGGCUGUGCCCUGCAUCAAAAGCUACCUCAUAGAAGUGCAGUGCUGUGGGCGCUGCUAUGCCCUGUGCAUACGUACUUUCUGCGACCCACUCUUUGAAGCCGUGGGGAAGAUUUGCAGCGACGUCCGAGUGGCCAUGCGCAAGGAACGUGCCAAGGACUGAGGCUCUUCCUUGGAUUGGGAAAGGACUCUGGUGUUGUCUUCUUCCUUUUGUCUCUCCAAGUUGGAUGAGGGCCCCAGCUAGAGUCCUGACCUUUUAUGCUACACAUGGAGGUAGGAGGUGAUGAUCAGAUGAUCAGAGUCUGGCUGAUGGAGCUAUGCCUUUAACUUCCCCUCCCCACAAACCACUCCAUCUCCUUUUGCAUAGACAGGGCUGAGCCAAGACAGAGUGGACAAUCCAAAUGGCUCCCUUUUGCACACAUGAAUUUGCAUGGGGCAGAAUCCAUGGGGAAGUUCCCUUGUGCAAGCCCCAUUAAAAUGAACGGAAGCGGCACAAGAGCACUAAUACCACAGUCCCUGUUUUUUCCAGUGGAGCUUGCGUUGGAGACUUCCCCAGUGGGAUCUGCCCCAGGGAAUCACAUCUUUCUGUCUCCCAUUCUGCCACCCUGAGUGCUGCUCAGCCAUCUCACACUGCAUCACAGUAGGGCUUCCUCUGUGUAGAGAACUGAGGCUGCAUGUGUGAUGAAGUAGUUAUCCUACCAUUUGCCAAGGGCCCAUCCUCUCUUAGGGCCAAUACCCACGAGAGCAAGGUUUUAUCCACCUCGUGCUAUCCCUUAAAAGCUAGUGCGCAGGCACCAGGGGUAGCCUAUCAAUCCUGCACUUUCCCAGCAGGGAAAAUAGCAGCACUGUGGCAGCUGCAUCAGCAUUAAAGGGCUGGGGAGAAAAAAUGUGCUCCCCCCAUCUCCUAUUUAAGGCAUGCGCUCUAAAGCCAGAGCACAUGCCUAAAAUUCCCUCCAGGGGCCGUGCAGCUGGGUUAUCCUGGCAGCCUGUCCCAGCUCAGUCAUGAAUGGGGCAAAGAGCAGCCCCUGACUGCAAUCUGCCUCAAAUUACACUGUCUUUUCAAAGAGGGCUCGAACCCAAUCAUAUUUUCACGGAUUGUAUUUUGUUUUGCUGCUGUUGUUUUAACGUCAGACCCAACUGUUAGUUUUAAAGUGGCUUAAGCAAAUGAACAUUUCCCUGUAUUCUGAUAGAAAGACACCAAUCUUUCUAACCAAGAGUUACCAGCAAAUCCCAUUUUUCGUCCAUGUAAUUAUCAUCACUUCUGGUUUUGAAUUAACAAUGACCAUUUUCUAAACAUUCUGCAUUGUGUGAGAAAUAAAGUCCAAACAGUC